AUGGAGUCUUCCCCUGACGCGUGUCGCGAACAAGUUCGGCGCAUCCAGGCAGCACUGCUGCGCUUGGGAUGGCACCCGCACACCAGGAAUCACGGUGCGUUACCGUACGCACUCACCGCCAAACCAAGUGACCCACUCAACUCAUCGCCGAUGACGACGGUGCAGUCGGCGCUGACAACGGCAGAGGAUCGUGCUAGCGGCAAGGCAGCUGAUCCAAUGUCGCUGCCGAAGAGUAUCGCGCGCGCAUUAUCUACUUCGGCACCGCUCGGAGUGUUGCGUGGUCAUGAUGUGAAUCGGCUCGCUUGUGAACGCAACACGUGCUGCCAUACCAGUCUACCGACAGCGCCACAGGCUGUCGGCGGAUCCGCAUGCCUUUGCUUGCCGCCUCCGCACCCGCGCCAUGGCGACGCUGCCCAGACAGCAGCGCCACCCAUUCACCGGAGCUCUGGCGGAACGCUCCGCACCGCUGAGCCUCACACGUUUGUUCGAGUUGUGUGUGACGGUGAGCACGGCGUCGUCCAGGACACAACUGAUCUGCUGGCGCGCCCCUCCUCCGUCCCACCGCCAUUGUCGUCCACGGGGCGUGCGGCAAUUUCUGAUCCGUUCCAUGACCUCAUUUCGAGAGCCUGGGGAAAAGCGGAGAUGCCGACAGUAGAGGGCGUGGGAGGUGCGGGUAGCCGGCGCAUCACGCCCGCAGGGCUUCACAGCGAAGCUAGUCGCCUCUGGUGUCGUGGACAGUGUGCAGCUGUUGAAGGUGCAGCACCACCUGGCUCGGGGGUGCGGCGACCAGCAGCGUCAUCUGACAGAGCAGUGUCACCGCCUGACAUGUCUGUUUCGGUAUCGCCAACUGUCUCGCCCACGGCAACGCAAUCUCCACCGGCGACCGAGCUCCACGACAUCGAUCACUCGAGCAGCUAUCGGACACCACGCCUGAGUGCACCAACCACCCGCAUAGCCUCUCUCAUUGGCGCUGGUGCUGCUUCCUGCUGUAGCGCGCGAGCCGAUCGCUCUACUGACGCACCUCGUGCCGAAGUGCGGCUUUCAGCCAAGGCGUCCCGGGCACUAUCACCACCACCCGUCCAGAGGCAGGCCGUGGCUGCCUCACGGCGCCAGCAGCGUUUGCUACGCGCCGUGCAGCUGCUGGAUGCCGUCUUACUUGGCUCAGGGCAUGGCAGCAGUGGAGGGGCCGCCCGGAGAAGAUUUGACAGCCUGCAGGAGAUCCUCCUGGCACUAACGGAUGCUCGCGGGCAACCACUUACGCUACCGAGUCGCACGACGAAUGCCGAGCUGCGCUGCUUGCGGAAGCGGCUGGUGCAGGAGCUGCUCCUUGGUGAUCCGGCAGUGAGGGUGCUACGGCGCUCUUGGAUCCCGUCGCAGCCUUCACCAUCAUCUACCUCGCACGUGCGAAUCUGCAAUGACCUCGAAAGCCACGGUGAGACCAAGGCGCCCAGUGGUGGCGCGGUCAGGCUGGCCGAUGUGGGCAAUGGCGCGCGCCUGGCCAACCCCUCUGCUUCCCUAGCGCCGGAGGCCUCUUCCCUUUGUUUUUCGAGCCCCCACUCUGAGAUACCGACCCCCACUGCCGCCGCCUCUCCGCCGUCUGCGCUUCUGCCUUCCCCUCCCCCAUCGUCAGCCUUAGACCCCUAUACGGAGUCGCGCCAGAGGUUCCAGCUAGAGGUGACGUCGCUGCAUCAGGCGCAGCAGCGGCGACUGCAGCUUCAGAGACAGCACACCAACGCACGAUGA